AGAAGAAGUCCGGAUUUUGAGUAUGGCGUUCCAGUAUUCCAGGAAGGGUUGCUUCAAGUGCGGUAAUCUCGGACAUAUUGCCGAGAAUUGUUCCUCGGAGCAACGUUUAUGCUACAAUUGCCGCCAGCCUGGUCAUGAAUCCUCUGCCUGUCCUUCUCCCCGUACCGUUUCUGCAAAACAGUGUUACUCUUGUGGUGGCGUCGGUCAUAUUCAAGGUCUGUCUCGUACUUGGUCCAUCUCUGGAGACCCAGCCUAACGUCCGUACCAGCGGAGUGCCCGAGUCUAAGGAUCCAGCAGCAAGGUAGCAAUCAGAAAUGCUACAACUGCGGCCGAUUCGGUCACAUUGCUCGUGCCUGUCCCAACGGAGCCACCGGAAUGGGAGGGUUUGCUUCUCGCGCUCCACCCCCCGGGAGAGCUCUCAAUACCGC